AUGGAAAAUCUCACAGCCUAUGUCUUCAGAGUCCUACCGCUCAUGGUCAUUACCCUGGUGCUAGGAACCCAGGUGUCAUCAGUCUCUGCAAAGACAUGUGUGGUAUCAGCAAGUGGCAGUAAUACCACUGAUGAUGCCCCAGCCAUCGUGGAAGCGUUCGAGGAAUGUGGGCAGGGCGGGACUAUUGUCUUCUCCAACACCACCUACUAUGUAAAUUCAGUCAUGAACAUAAAUGGGAUCGAAGAUGCUCUAGUUGACAUUCAAGGAACACUACUUUGGAGCACAGACAUCUCAUACUGGCUGAACAACUCGCUGCCUGUCGGUUACCAGAACCAGUCCACUGCCUUCAUCCUGAGUGGCAACAAUGUGACCAUCAACGGAGGCGGUGUGGGCACCCUGAACGGAAACGGACAAUCUUGGUACACAUUCAUCGGCGAGCAGUCGGACACGUCCAACUACCCAGGCAGGCCGCAUGCCAUCACGCUUAGCGGCCUCAACAACUCGCAGAUAACUGGCGUGAACUUUUUGCAAAGUCAGAUGUGGACCAUGUCUAUCAUCUACUCCCACAACGUGACACUCGACAGCAUCUACGUCAACAACUUGGUAGAGUCAGGAUCAGCGUCAAACACCGACGGAGCGGACACGAUCCGGUCGUCCAACAUCACCUUUGACAACUGGACCGUGUACAAUGGUGACGACAGCAUCGCGCUCAAAGGAAACAGCACAGAUAUUACCAUCAGGAAUUCGCAAUUCUACGAUGGGCUAGGCAUCGCCAUCGGAAGCAUCGGCCAGUAUGAUGGUGUCUACGAAGUCAUCCAGGGGCUCACGGUGGACAAUAUCACGUACAGCGAUACUCUCCAUGCGUUUUAUUUCAAAACGUGGACCGGCACGCAAGUAGGCUACCCACCGAACGGCGGCGGCGGCGGCAUCGCUGACGUCUCCAACAUGAACGUAACAUCUCUCUACGCAUCAUCCCUCCGCGGCGCCGCAGUGGCCAUCAGCCAGUGCACCACCUUCUCCGGCGGAGGCACGCCCGCCAACUGCACCAACUCCGAGGUCCAGAUCCACGACAUCACGGUCCAGGGCCUCUCGGGCACGAGCGAGUCCGAUGACGUGGCGAGCCUACAGUGCAGUGCCGUUAAGCCUUGCUACGACAUCGCGAUUGAGGACAUCACGCUCACACUGGCGGGCGGGACGGAGGCUACGGAGUAUCUGUGCAGUGAGGUCGAGAGUAAUACCGGGUUUAACUGUACUGGUUCUGCUUGUGUGGGUAGCAGUGCCACCGGGGAGUGUUGA